GUGUAAUGGCUUUAUUCUGAUUUGCGUUUCCCGAGGAGGAGAAAGAAAUCCAUCGUGCUCAGGGGGCGGGGCAGGCAGAGCAGCUGAGCGGGUUUCUUUGCAUUUCAUCAUAAAGGAUUUUUUUUAUUUUUGGUUUUUUAUUUUAAUGCAUUUUUUUCCUUCCCCUCACUCCCCCCCCCCUUUUUUUUUUUGCUCUCAGUUUAAAUGUCAGCUGGUGCAAAGGCAGCUACAGCGAUUGAGCGAGGGGCAGGGGGACCCUCAGUGCCUUGGAAAGGUCUUGGGAGAGCUUCUCUCCCCCUCUGUGGAAAUACACGCGAAACCUCCCUCUAAUUCCUCAACCAGGGGAUCAGCGAGAGGACCUCAGUAAUGCCAGGGAUGGUCAGUAAAAACCCAGACCUCGAGUUUGACUCUUUGCAGCCCUGUUUUUAUCCUGACGAAGAUGAUUUUUAUUUGUGCGGCCCGGACUCUGCCCCCCCAGGGGAGGACAUCUGGAAAAAGUUUGAGCUGCUGCCCACCCCUCCUCUGUCUCCCAGCCGGGCCGGGCUUCAGGAGAACGCCCCAGGAGGGGCCCCGGUGCCGUGGGCAGGGGUGGCUCUGGGGGGAUGGCGGACCAGUGAUCCUCUGGACUGGGCAUCUGAACUGCUGUUGCUGCCCCCUGAAGCCGACCUGUGGGGCAGCACAGAUGGAGGGGACUUAUUCGACACAGGCUUUGGGGAGAACAACAAUCUCAACUCCAUCAUCAUCCAGGACUGUAUGUGGAGUGGCUUUUCUGCCCGAGAGAAGCUGGAGCAGGCAGUGAAUGAGAAGCUGCAGGGCAAAGGGGGAACCUCAGUGGCACCAGCAACAGCAGGGGUGGCCACCACGACUGGCAGCCCGGGGGGCACCAGCAGCAGCAACAGCAGCAGCAGAAACCAAGCUGAGCUCAACAACUCUGUGUCGGAGUGUGUAGAUCCUGCAGUGGUGUUCCCCUUUCCUAUCCAUAAACGGGAGCCAGUGGCACCCACCCCAACCUCAGCAACGGGGGAGAUGGCUGGCAUCCGGGUGAACAUUGGUGGCAAUAGUGGCACUGCACAGGGAACAACAGCUGCCUCUCAGCGCAGCAGCCGCCACGCCAGUGCUGCCAGCGACACCAGAGCCAACAGCAGCUCAGGAGACGACACUCUCAGCGACUCGGACGAUGAAGAUGAGGAGGAAGAGGAUGAAGAGGAAGAAAUCGAUGUUGUGACAGUGGAGAAGAGGCGUUCCUCCUCCAACAAGGCGGUUACAACCCUUACCAUUACUGUGCGCCCUAAAAAUGCCACCUUUGCAACAGUGAGGACACAGCAGAAUGAACUGAUUUUAAAGCGUUGCGCCCCAAUUCACCAGCAGCAUAAUUAUGCUGCUCCUUCUCCAUACAUGGAAACUGAAGAUGCCCCACCACAGAAAAAGCUAAAAAACGAGGUGCCCCGUCCAGUAAAACCUGUGAUCCAACCAAAGUCUAAGAACUCAAGUCCUCGAAACUCAGAUUCAGAGGACAGUGAACGUCGACGGAACCACAAUAUCUUGGAACGCCAGAGGCGUAAUGACCUGAGGUCAAGUUUCCUCACGUUAAGGGACCAUGUACCGGAACUGGUUAAAAAUGAGAAAGCUGCAAAAGUUGUGAUCUUGAAAAAAGCCACUGAGUAUGUCCAUUCCCUUCAGGCGGAGGAGCACAAGUUAUUGCUAGAAAAGGAAAAAUUGCAAGCCAGGCAACAGCAGUUGUUAAAGAAAAUAGAACACACACGGACUUGCUAAACAUUUUUGUCUGACCUGGACAGUCACUGCCACUUUGCACAUUUUUGAUUCUUAAAAAAAAAAAUUGUGUUUUUUGACGUUAAGAAUGUUGGUUUUACUUUCAAUCCAGUCCCUGAAGUAGUUGACAAACUAUAUUUUCUGGGUACAGAGCAAAUGGAUGUUCUUGCAAGGAGUUCAAGAGACUGCCAAACAAUGGACUGCCCUUGUAUUUCUUCUUAAGAACUGUAGAUGUUCUUUAAAUGUUGUGAGCAUUUGGAGCUGCUGAUGACACCUAGUUGAGUUUAAAAAAAAACCAUUCCUAAUUUUUAUGGUGCUUAUGUUCUAACAAUGUUACUUUUGGGGUUACCAUUUUUACCCCCGUGGGAUUUUUCUGUAAAUACCAUCUACACUUGCCUUUUGUACAUGUCUUGGGUUAUGAGAGGUGGCUCUUGCUACCAGUAUUAGACUGGAAGUUCAUACCUAAGUACUGUAAUACCUCAAUGUUUGAGGAGCAUGUUUUUUGUAUACAAAUAUAUUGUUAAUCUCUGUUAUGUACUGUACUAAUUCUUACACUGCCUGUAUACUUUAGUAUGAUGCUGAUACAUAACUAAAUUUGAUACUUAUAUUUUCGUAUGAAAAUGAGUUGUGAAAGUUUUGAGUAGAUAUUACUGUAUCACUUUUUUGAACUAAGAAAACUUUUGUAAAGAAAUUUACUAUAUAUGCCUUUUCCUAGCCUGUUUCUUCCAGUUAAUGUAUUUGUUAAUGUUUGGUGCAUAGAACUGGGUAACUGCAAAGUUCUGUGUUUAUUUUCUUCCAACGAUGUACAUUUAGUGCUGCAUCUUAUAGCACUUUGAAAUACCUCAUGUUUAUGAAAAUAAAUAGCAAUUAAAUGA